GAAAGCUUGUGAGAAAGAAAGCAGAACUUGUACCCUUUGGUUUUAGAUAUUACAUAGCAUUAGCUACUGCAACUUCCAUAAAUUUUUUGUUGUGGGGUUUUUGUUGGGCUUUCAUCUCUCAGUUUUCUGACCUUUCUUUCAUGGCUUGUGUGUGUCUUUUGUUUGUAGGGUUGCUUGUUUUGGCAGGGGAGGUGAUUGCAGAACAAAACAGUAAUUCAAAUGGGGGUGAGAUAUUGGUGAUGGAAGAGGAUGAACUUCUGGGGCUAUUUGAAGUUCUGGGUGCUCUUUUAGAGGACCCUGGCUGGGCCCAAGUGCACCCACAGCCAUGUACUGACACUCCAUGGCCUGGUGUGCAAUGUGAGAUAGGUCAAGACCCUCCAGUCUUUCAUGUCACUAAGAUCCACAUUGGCCCUGAUAUUCUGACCCCACCUUGCAAAUCCUCUGCUAAUCUAUCAGAAUCCCUUCUCAAACUACCUUAUCUGAAGACCCUAUCUUUAUUCAACUGUUUUGUAACAUCUCCGCUUACUCUUUCUCCAACUAUAUUUUUUGGUGCAUUCUCUUCCUUAGAACAUCUAGCUCUUGUAUCCAAUCCAACCCUCUCCGGAGAAAUUCCUUCUAGUAUGUCAGAAAUUACCAGCUUAAGGGUCCUGAACCUAGCCCAAAACAACCUACAGGGAGAAAUCCCCAGCAAGAUUGGUGGAAUGGUCAAUUUAGAGCAACUUGAUUUGAGUUACAACAAUAUAAUGGGUGAAAUCCCAGUAGAAAUUGGAGGGCUAGAGAGUUUGACCAUAUUAGACCUGAGUUGGAAUGGAAUUGGAGGGAAUGUGCCUAGUUCUCUUGGUCAGCUUCAAGUUCUACAAAAGAUUGACUUGAGCUCAAACAGGCUUGUGGGAAUGAUUCCACCAGAUGUAGGGAAGCUCAACAGGUUGGCCUUGCUUGAUUUGAGCCAUAAUCUUCUUAAUGGGCCUAUCCCAGAAACACUCUCAGGUUUAGAGCAUUUGGAGUAUCUACUAGUUGAUCACAACCCUAUAAAUACAAGUAUACCUUUGUCUAUAGGGAUGCUUAGGAAUCUCAAAUCACUGAGCUUCUCUGGGUGUGGGCUUACAGGCCCAAUACCCAACUCUACAGCUACAUUGGAAAAUCUCACUGCUCUUGAUCUAGACAACAACAAUCUCACUGGGACAAUUCCUCCAAAUUUAGGGGCACUUCCAAAUCUUGAUCAGCUAAACUUAAGCUACAAUCAGCUAAGUGGGCAGGUACAACUCUCAGAGGAGUUCAUUGACAAGCUUGGGAAGAGGCUGGAUAUUAGAGGUAAUUCUGGGCUCUGCACAAGCAACCAGAUGUACAAAAAGCAGAACAGUUCUACAUAUCUCGAAGCUCCUGUUUGUUUGAAUACAACAGGACCCAAAAAUGACAAAACCGUGUCUGAUAAACAACCAGAUGAUGAUGAGAGGAUGAAGCCAUCUUGGUACCACGACAAGAUGAGUUCAAUUGCUCCACUACAGAUGAAUCAAAAGCUCAUUUCACUUACUUUAGCAGCUAGUUUUUUGUUGUUUGUUUCAUGAUUUUCUUAACGUGGGACUGUAACCAAGUGUUAAUUCUAUAUGAGAGUCAAGUCAGUCACUAGUUUUUGUUUCAGUUUACAUUCACGAGUCAUUUUCUUUGUAUGUUUGAGAUAUGCAUAGAUAAGUUAAUGCAAUGUACC